AUGAAUAUCACACAGCAGCUGGAGCCCGACAGCCUCGAACACUCGCUCACCCCGUUCCGCGUCGGAAAGAACUGGGCCUGCCGGAUCUGCGGCCGCCAGUUCACCCGCCGGUUCAACUGCUCCACCCACGAACGCACCCAUCUCGACCUCAAGGAGCGCGCCCAGUUCCAGUGCCGCCUCUGCGAGCGUGCAUUCACCCGCAGACACGACCUCGAGCGCCACGUCCAUUCCGUCCAUCCCGGACACACCGUCCAGCGCCACUCCGACCGCCACGACCCGCUCAUCCUCGCCCACCCCUCAGACACCGACGAGCCCAACAACAGCAACUCCCUCGACCGAGCUCAGCUCUCCAUCGCACAUCCCAAUGACUCCAGAAACGAGGUCCGGAUCCUCAUGCUCGAGCAGCCGCCGCCGGAACUGGCCAAGCCGGCCCCGACCGACCAGCUGAUGCUCGCCCUAUCGACGCCGACAUCGACGCCAUCAACGACGGCUCUAGCGCCGACGGGCACAGUGACAGCCACAGCCAUCCUCGCCUCAGGCUCGAUCCGCGGCGUCUCCCAGGCCAUCGAACGGGUCCCGCUCCAGCAGAUCUCCGCCUACAACCCCGCCCGCGAACCCAUCUUCAAGGUCGACAAGAAGUGGGCCUGUGGGACGUGCGGCCGGGUCUUUGUGCGCAGGAAUAACUGCAAAGCACACGAGGCUACCCAUCGCGACAUCCGCGAACACCAAUGCCCGACAUGCGCCCGCUCCUUCUCGCGCAAACACGACCUCGAGCGCCACAUGUCGGCCGUCCAUCCGGGCGUCGAGUUAGUCUCCGAUGGGGGCUCGUCGCCGGCAGACUCGGGCCGACGCAAGCGGAGGAAGCACGAAGGGCCGGACGAGUGGACGGCGAUCGACCCGUUCAUUCUUGGGCUCGCGGGCGCCGCUGCGUCUGCGGCCGGGUCUGUGGACAGUCCGUCGCCCCGGCCUCGGCUGGCGGCUGUGGCCCGCGUGGCCCCGAGAUCGCCGGCGCCUCCGCAGCAGUCCAUCGGCCACUUCAACAUCUUCGAGACCUUCGGCCCCGCCGUGCCCCCCUCUCCUCCUUCCACCACCGCCGGCCCCGACGUCACUCUGCUCGCGACGGACGAGCCUGGAGAUAUCCAGCUCGAUCCUCGCUUGCUUGGCUGA